AUGUCGCGGAGGCGCGGCACCCCUGGUGGGGGUGAGGAGGACUUAAGGGACAGAGACGCAAAGGAGACCCCAACAAGCAGCAGCAGCAGCAGCAGCAGCAGCAGCAGCAAUAGUCGUGGUAUAGGACGUAGUAGUUCAGACAAGAAGUCUGCAGGUCACAGCAGCAGCAGCAGCAGUAGUAGUAGCAGCAGCAGUAGCAGCAGCAGCAGCAGCAGUGGUCGUAGUCGUAACUGGGGUGACGGAAGCGAUUGGCAGCAGCAGCAGCAGCAGCAGCAGCAGCAGCAGCGUCGUCGUAGUCGUAGUGACAGUCGUGGGGAUCGGGAUCGUCGUGAUAAGUAUAGGGAUCGGGAUCGGGAUCGGGAUCGGGAUCGUCAUACAAAUAGAGAGAGAGAAAGAAUAAGAGACAGGGAUCGUUAUAGAGAAAGGGAUCGGGAUCGGGAUCGGGAUCGGGAUCGUGAUAGGGAUCGUGAUCGGGAUCGGGAUCGGGAUCGUAUACGAUCCCGUCGGGAUCGAUCCCGGGAUCGUGAUCGAUCCCGGGAUCGGGAUUUGGACUGGGACCACCGGGACUCAGAAAACAGCAGCAGCAGCAGCAGCAGCAGCAGAUUACGUAGAGAAGAAAAUAGUGCAGCUGCAGCAGCAGCAGCAGCAGCAGCAGCAGCUGCUGCUGCUGCUGCUUCUACUGUUCCCCCAUAUGGAGAGACAGUAGCUAUAUGUGGUGUACCUAUAGAGGCAACAGAGGAGGAGAUAGAGGAGACAGUUCGUUCUUUUUGUAUAAAUAAGCAAUUCUCUAUACCGGAGACAAAGAAAAUUACGUCGCAGCAGCAGCAGCAGCAGCAGCAGCAGCAGAACAUCAUCAUCAAGUAG